CCUGUUGAUAAUUCUUCGAUAAUAGGUUUGAUUGUAACCAAUAAGUAAAAUAAUACUAUUACAAUGGUUUAAAACUCGUUUAUACUUAGUACUCGCAAAUAUCUAUUGCAGCAUUUGAACGGGCUCGGUACAAAGUUUUUGUUUAUAUAUUGUUCGUUUUAACGCUGAUGUAUAAUUUUAGUGAAGUUUAAUUUUAGCUGAAGUGUAAUUUUUCUUAUUUUUUAGCUUUUUCUUUUAUUAUUUAAUAUUAAAAGUUGUGUAGUAGUAUGUCACACAAAGUAAAUUUGCGUAAACAGAUUUAUUUAUUAGGUCAUAUUGCCCAUCAAAUUUUUGGCUGUAAAUUACCUUCUAAUAUACAAGUUCUUAAAGUAUUGUUUUAUAAUAUAUGUGAAGUCAAAUUAAGCAUUCGUGAUAGUGUACGAUUAGUAAUAGAUGACGUUUUAAUAUUUUGGCAAAAAGCUCGCAUUCCAACUCGUGAACUACGCCACUGUAUAUUAAAAUUGGAAGCAAUUUACGACAAAUGGCGAAGUUUGCCAAAAAUGCAUCACGACAAACUGAUACUCAAAAAAAAAAAGAAAAUUGUUUUAUCGAUAAAUUUGACGACCUUUUUGAUAUAGCACAUGCUGACGCUAUGAAUCUGAUGAGUAUUGAGUUGGAUAAACAAUUUUUAAUUCGUCAACGUGAAAAAGGUCGCCCGGGAUCGUUGAGUGGAAUCGAUUAUGAUUCAUAUCAAGCUGACCAAAAAAAGUAUUUACGUUUUGAAAAAACAGAAAAAAGAAAAAACCUACUUAUGAUAAAAUAAAAGCAUCGUAUGAUACAGUUGAGUUUUAUUCAGGAUCGUCAGAAAGUGACACUGACGAUAAUAGUCAAAUCAUGUCGACCAAUGAUGAUUUAAUUUUUGAGAAAACAUUAUGUGAACCUGGUCCAUCUACUAGUAAACGAAUUUCAAAACAGUUUCUCACUAACAAACUUGUAGCUGCAUUGGAUAGAUGUAAGAUCAGUGACAGAGAUGCCACUCAUUUACUUAUGGCAGCGGCUGAAGCAUUUGGUCAAAACGUUGAUAGUUUGGUAAUAAAUCGUUUGUCAAUAUAUAGAGAACGUGAAAAGUUAUGUAAAGAACGAGCUUUAAAUUUACGUGAAAAUUUUCAAAUUAGCUUAUUUAGUAAUGCAGUCGUACACUGGGAUGGAAAAUUGCUUCCUUCGUUAACUUCAAAAGAUCUUGUUGACCGAUUACCAAUAAUUAUUUCUAGUGGUGUACCAAAAUUAUCAGAAGGAACUGGAGAAGAACUGGCUAUAAAAGUAUAUGAAUCAAUUGAAGAAUGCGGUCUAAAAAACUCAGUUGUAGCUGUUUGCUGAGAUACUGCGUCUUCAAACACCGGUAGAUUAAAACGUACAUGUAUAUUACUAGAACAAUGUCUUGAAAAAGAUUUUUGUUGUAUUUACUUUGUCGACAUCAUAUUUAUGAAAUUGUUUUAAAAAGUAUUUUCGAAGAAAUAUUUGUUUCAACCUCAGGGCCUAAUGUUCAACUUUUUAAAAAAUUCCAAGAAGGCUGGAGUAACAUAAAUUCAAAUAAAUUCAAUCCAGGUAUAGAAGAAAUAUGUUAGUGAAAAAUUAUGCGAUGCCAAACAACGUGUACUUGAAUUUUCAAUAAUUAUUUCAAAAGAAAAACAGUUUAGAGAAGAUUAUAGAGAGCUAUUAGAACUGUCUAUAAUUUUCCUAGGAGGAAUCCCACAUCGCAGUAUAUCGUUUCGAGUUCCGGGAUCAUACCAUCACGCCCGAUGGAUGUCCAAAGCGAUAUAUUGCCUAAAAAUAUAUAUUUUUAGAAAACAAUUUCAUAUGACCGCAGCACAAUAAAAAGAGCAUGUCGAGAUAUUUGUAUAUUUAUAAUAAGUGUUUAUAUUGAAAGAUGGUUUCGCUCACAUGUUGCAAUUGAAGUACCUUAUCAAGAUCUUUCAUUUGUUCAUUGUCUGAUUGAAUAUGAAAAAAUAGAUAAAAAUAUAACAAAAAUUGCAUUCAAAAAAUUUUGUGGUUACUUGUGGUACCUAACUCCUGAAGUA